GAUAUGGUCCCGGAGGGACACCGCCCGGGAGAUGGGCCACACUACAGACCAGCGGGGCCACCACCUCCGCUUCCUGCGGGCGCUGCCGAUGUCCCCGACCCAGCGGACGCACGUCUCGUCUAUGACCAAACUGCCCCCCCCGACCUGAACCAUUUACCAGGUUCCAUGCGGUCUGUGCAUGUUGCUCGGCGUUUCCCUGCACCCAUGGUUAUUAGGUGGGUUCAGAAUCGCUUGAUUCGCCAUCAGCAUGGCCUGAUCCCGGCCACAGCCUUCCUCAAUGGUCCGAUUCCCCUUGGCACGCCCUUUCGGUUUCAUAAUCCCUUUACAGCUCGAGCCCAGUGCCAUGAGGUGGGUUAUCAAGAGCCAGAGCACAUCCCCCCGCUGGGAGUUCUCCAGGCUCAUGCUGAUAACAGAGGUUGGCGAGGCGUUGUUUUGCUUAACCCCCAGCCCGACUCGGCGGCAGUGCAUCUGAUUGCCCUUCCCCAGUAUGCUCACCUCGCCUCGGUGGCCCUGCUCGUUGACAAUCGCAUUGUCCCCUGCUGUGUGCCGCGUCGCGCCAGAUGGAGGGAGCUGCGUAGCAUCACCUUUGAGGGCGUUAGGGGUCGUUUGGAUUUGCCGCCUCACGUUGAUGUUGUGCAGGACGUGGUCACCUUUCGUUCCGGUGACUGUUUCCGGGUCGAUACUGCCGAAGAUCAUACACCCGCCUCCGAAUAUGCUCGUCUGGAGGACGUGGAUCAUGAAACAGCGGAGGCGCAGAUUCAGGGGACCCUUGGAGGCAGCUCUGGUGGGAAGCGUCACAGUCCUCGGUUGUGGGGGCUCCUUUGCGUGCUGCUUUGCCUGCUUCGGCCUGGAGUCUCCUGGUGGUGGCUCGCCGGGCUGUCUCUUUCCGCGGCCAUGCACCGGCCUGGAUCCUUUCCCUGGCAACUGCCUGCUCAUGAGCGCAGCUUCCGUCUACCGAACUCCGACGGGGCGAUACAGGUGAUCUACUAUAGUCCUUUUGUCGGUAAUUUCCCACCGUAUCAGACGGAUCCCGGCACUGACCAUUCGGUGGCUUGGGCUCAGUUUCUGAAUGAUGACGCUGCCUGGGCGGUCGACUUCUUUCCGGUUUGGCCCGGCCCGCACUUUAAUGCUCUUGCUUUUGUCCCGGUUGGUGGCGACUCUUCCACAGUGACGGCAAUACUGCAUUAUCGGGGGUUUGCCAGAGCUACACUGAUGCCGCGCACGGUUACUGACGCUUGGAUGCAGUCCUUCGCGUCCCAUCAGGUCAGUGCUGAUAUCGAGAGCAUUCAUCUGCCUCAUGCCCUUGAGAUCUGGAGGUUCUACGACGUGCCUCCGCCCGACUGCCGCCUGCGCAACGGCGAUGUGAUAUACCUCCACGACAGGGACCGGUGCCAAGAUCCCCUCGAGUUCGAGGCUUCUUGGGACAUCCAAACUAGCGGCACUGGUCAGCACGCCCCCUGGGCCGUCGGCUUUAGGCUCGAUAGUGACACAGUCGUGGAUCUGCUACGGCCGGGUCACCGCCCUACCCUCGUGACCAUCCCUGCAGGUGAGACCUGGGCGCCUGUUCAAUGCACCUUUUCUGGUGACUUCCAUCUGCAACACCCAGGCAUGUGGACUCCUGUGCAAUGGACAGCUUCCAGCAUUCCCCAACUGAUGCUUGCUAACGGGGUUGCCGCAUAUGCCAAUGUGGUGGUUGCCACGACAGCCGGCCGGCGUGUCAGGUCGGUCCCUCGUUAUGUGGACCGCGAAGCCCUUGCUUCCUGCACGGAUUUGCACAGGAGCUCGCUCACUCUUGGUGGUAUUACAUCCUCUGCUCUGGAUGCCGGGGUCGAGAUUCGUAACGGGGAUGUUGUAUUCGGCGACCCUCUAAGCUCGUCAGCCGCUCCCUGGUGCUAUCGCUCCUGUUGCUCGCUCUGGCUGAUACUUUCCGGGACUCUCGGUUGGGUCGGCCGCGGAUGGAGCCCUGCUAUUGUAAGCCGAGGGGCCGGUGACGGCGAAGCGCCCAGCCCAGACUCCGAGGAGGAGCCGAUCGCGGAGCCGACAAUUCUUCCCGGCGGUGGCCUGCAAGUUCGUGCCAUGUGCCCCUUUGCCGGCUGCGGCCCGAGUCGGGAAAUUACGCAUGAUGCCGUUUGGUCCAUUUUCGCUGGUGCUGGGAGCUCUUUGUGUGGGAGCUGGCCGUGUGCCUUCUUCCCGGGCCGCGGCCUAGGACAUCGAGACGGUCUUACCUUGCUUCCUGCCAGCCCGCCGCCUUUGGUUACCGUUGUUCUGCAUCGACAAGGAUCCGCCCGGCCUUUGGUUGUUCCGGAGAGUGUCACCCUUGCCCAGCUUCACCUCCUCUCCGGGGUGAGAGCCGUCCACGUCAUGUGCAUUGAAUAUGACCAGGAUGAGGUGCGUUGUCAAAACGCGUUCUUGCCUGGCCCCUUUUCUCACCACCCACCCCAUGGUUGGCAAUGGCAUCCGGGGAUUGCCAGCCUUCAGCCGUCGGCGCUCCGCACGGGCGAUGUGUUGGUCCCCGAUCCUUCGGUUGAAGGUCGUUUUGACCCCUGGACCCAGAGCAUUCAGAUGUUUGUCCCACCCGUCGUUGCCGGGGCCCUGAUGUCGCGUGGUGGUCUCUGGUGCGUUAUGCUUCUACUUGCCUGCUCGGCCCCCAGGGUCGACGCCAUGCAACAGCCUCUAGCUUUUUCCUUCAAUGCCUUUCGUGUUGGUCGGUUUCCAUGGCGGGAACAUCACCAGACUGCCGACCUCACCUCACUCAGCACUCAGGACAGCAUUGACACUGUUUACCUGAGCCCUUUCUCUGGUCCGGGGCCGGUGGUGACCCUUCCGGCGGCCUCAUCAGUCGCAGACUGGUCAGAAGCUUUGCUCCAGCAGGAUCCCGCUUGGGGUGCUUCAGCUUGCCCGGUGUGGCCUACGGUUUCGGCCGGAGCAAUGAUUGCUGUGCCCCGGCCGCCUUCUCUCGAUCUGGUAUGUGUGCAUGUCACCUCGCACUUGGAGCAUUUUGCGAUUUGCAUUCCCCGUGUGACUACCAUUGCAUGGGUGGUCGGUGCCCUGCGCAACGCACGAGCCCUGGAUGUCCUGUCCCUUCGGAUCCCGCCUGCCCUUGGUCAGAGCCCAGGCGAUAGCCAGGAUGAGGUCUCUUGGCGCACUGGGGAUUUGUUAGUGGCUCUACCGCCGGAUGCUUUCACUGGCCUUUUUCAGACCCCAGUUUUCUCGCGAGCCGAGCAGCUGCGCCACUGCGCCAUUUGGUCUUUGGACUUCUGGCUG